ACCCUCAUCAUCAUGAGCAACAAAGACUACUACGGCGGAGGCCAACCAAACUAUCCUCCUCAAGGUGGGCCACCAGGUGGCGGAUACUACCCUCAACAGCCCCAGCAAGCCUACGGCCAGCCCGGAGGCUACGGUGGACAACCAGGUUACUACCAACCCCAACCUCCACCUCAGCCAGUCUAUGUGCAACAACAGGAUCGCGGUGGAGGAGCUGGCGGCGGUUGUCUGGCAUGCUUAGCCGGAGCGUGCUUGUGCUGUGCACUUGAAGAUCUGUGCUGCGACUGCAUAUUCUGAGAAUAGCUCUCGGCCCCCUUAAUUCACUCCUGGCCUGUCUUGUUUGUUCUUUUGACGACCUUGUCUUCCUUCUGAGUGUCGGAUACCUACUGUAAUUAACACCUUUAUGUGAGACGAGGAAAGAAGGCGUGAAUUGUGCCAGAACGCUUUAUACACAAAUUCCUUUAUCUCUGCUCACUUUCCGCAUGUAUCGUUAAGCACGGAUAUUAUUGUGAAUGCUCGACUUGCUGGAUUCCUCAGAAUUUAUUAUGAUAAUUUUGUUCUGGC